AUGAUUCCGGCUUCACGCGAGUCACACGACGAGCCUCCCACUCUCCCUGAUGGUUGGUGCUUGGCGUUCCCUUUCAAUCAAGUUGACUUCUCGUCACCACUCGAGAAGAACGCGUGCUCCUCUGUCCCAACCCAAAUUGCCGCUUGCAACGUACUUAAGCUCCUCACCGAGACCGCCAGAGUGCACCCGGGCUCCUCUCACCUUCCCCUCACCUGGAUGGAGGAUCCUCAAUCGCUACGUCCAAAGCAGGCCGCCUGUCUGGUCUGCCGCCGAAGCAAGAUCAAGUGCGACUAUUCUCCGCAUGAGAACAAAUGCAAGAGGUGCAUUCAGCUCGACUCUGAGUGCAUAGAGCAGGCCAUCAAGAGAGCCAGAACCGGUGAACACAACUCUGAAGAUGACAAGGCCAUCGGCAGUCUCCAGGCGCUCCUGGAGGGCUCUCGAAAUCCUCGGUCAACUACCGCCUCCUCUCACUUAAGGCGGGGUUCAUCUCAUUUCAACAGCCCCGACCAACCCGACCUCUCGUCUGACGAAGAUGAUGACCUGGACAACACCCCAGAUAGCAACACUUAUAUGAGCUUGCAUCAUCACAACGAGGAGAGCCUGGCCAUCGACGAUGCCGAGAACCCGCUUCAACUCCUGGCGCGCGCCUCGAACCUGCAGCUUUCGCCCAAGCCCAUCAGCGGCCUCUCGCCCAAGCAGUCAGGUCCCCGCGCCGGGCGCAAGAAGCAGGUCGAACAGCCCGAUGAGGACCUGGAGAUCCAGUCCUUCUUCACCUCUGUUCGCGUCAACUUCGACGUUGGCGACGACAUAGAUCCCAUCACAAUGGGUCUUGUAACUGAAGAAGAGGCAGAAUCGCUGUUUGCUUUAUGGGGACUUGAUCCCAAGAUCUAUACUCCAUCCUUUACGCGUUCGCGGUCUGCAUUCCUGUGCACCUCCAUCAUGGCCGCAUCGGCCCUGUUCCUUCCGUCCGCUGGGGCCUUGUCCAAGAGACUAUCAAAUCAUUGCAAGACCCUCGCACACAGGGUCAUUGCGAAUCGACACAAGUCCGUGGAGAUUGUGCUUGCGUUCAUGGUCAACGUCCCGUGGAUGUUCCCGGGUCAGCAUAGCACUGAUGACGAGACUUGCUGGUAUGUCAACAUGGCUGCCACUAUCGCCAUUGAUCUGUCCUUGAAUAAGCUCCUCAUCCCCACGGAAGUUGUCGGUUCCGGCUCGAACAUGGCCUUGUCCCGCGGAGACUGCCUUGAUCCUCGGGCUGCGCUGGCCAUGGACGGCUUCAGCCACAUAGAACAUACCUCUGAUCUCGGGCAACGCCUCCUUCGGCGCCGUGAGCGUUGCUGGAUUGCCCUCUUCGUUCUCGAAAGAGGCAUGUCUCUCGCUCGCGGUCGGCCCUAUACCGUGCCCAUCACCCGGGUCAUCAAAGACUGCGACCAAUGGCACCGAUCCAGCAUCGCUGACCCCAUGGAUGGCCAUCUAGUCUCCAUGGCUGUCCUUCGCCGAGACCUGGACGGCCUACUCAACACCGUCCGCGCCCUCUGCGACGGUUCGCAGGGAAUAUCCACAGACGGCGGGCUCAUCGCCCAGUCUAUCCAGAGCGCCAUUGAGAGAUUCUUCGAUCAGUGGCUGACCGAAUGGGGCUAUGCCAUAGGAAUUGGCCCCCAACGCCGACUCCCUCCCUACGUGGAGAUUCUCGUCACACACACCAGGCUCUCGACGUACGGAGGCGUCAUCAACCAUCCGACCGCCCCAAUGGAAGUCCGACAAUUCUUCCGCACGGCUGGGCUGUCGUCUGCUGUGACAGUUAUGCGAGCAGCGAUUCAAGGGGAGUCGCAGCUGCAGUCAAUCCCGAACAACACGACAAUCAUGGUCUCAUUCGCAGCCUGUUUCGCGCUGACCCUGAGCGCCUACGCCACGGGCAGCUCCAACUUGGCACCUAGCAUUCGAAACCUCAUUGAAGAAACAGCAGCUGUCUUGGAACGCAUUGGCUCUGCUACAAAGCACAGGAAUGGUUUGUCUACACUGUACGGAAAAUAUCUACGACACAUCGUCAGAAAAGCGGCCACAGCCAUGGACGGCCAGCCUCAAACGAGUAUGCAUCCCGAUCCAACUAUCCCUCGCACCGGUCAGCUCGGAACACCCUCGUCGGCCGUGGCAGCUUCGCCUCCUGUCAACUCGAUAGGGCCACCAGUCUCGCAACCGCCGUACAUGGAGUCGCAGUUAUGGCCUGGAACCCUGCAAUUCUCUGCCAUGUCUGAUGACCAAAUUGCCGAGGUUCUGAACCAGCCAGGCAACGAGUUUGACCCCUCGUUCGCAGGCCUAUCAUGGGACGACAUGAACAACUUCGACUGGUUGAGCUGGCCCAACCUGACAGAGUUUGGUUUCUGA